AUGCUCUCAGAACAAAAGGGGGGAGGCGUCAAGCUCACAAACGGAAAACCGCUGGCACCGUUCCCUCAAAGUCGCAGUGUAACUGACAGCGCCCACCCAUCACUGUCCCCCUAA